GAAUACGCCCCUGCUCUCUAUCUGGAGAUGGCUACAAGAAAGCCCUUAUGUUCUGCCUUCCUUCCAUUAUAAAUGCUACAAGAACGUCCUAUCUGAAUUGGUUGAUGCUUGAAUACAGUCGUCUGUCUCAAAGGGUAAGAAUUUCACAAUUUCUACUGCAAAUAAUAUUCCGUCGCAAAGGGGGACAACCUUAGCGAUGCGUCAAUUUAUGGAAGGCAGCAGUGUAGGCUUUAGCCGAUGUAGGUUACAUCUCGAAGCGUCGCCUGCAAAAUCAACAAGGAGAUAACAAUCCUCUCAGGGAGCAGCCGACGCGAUUAAUUCUGUCACAUUUGAUCUAAAAACCACAUUACGCUGGUUUUGUGGUUGUAGGCCUAGGUAGAUAUUUGCCGCAUUUAGCCGAUGUGUUACACGACCACUUUCACCGUGGAAGCAUAGGUAUUGGUAACGAUAGCCUAAUAUUCAUAGGGGCCUAUGUAUUUGGCCUACUGUUUUACUACUGAAUCUAUGAAGUUAUGCAUGUGGUGUUGGCUUUAUUUUCAACUACGAAUGAUAUUAGAUGUGCUUGAUCUUUCCACAGGUCUUGCGAAUGGAAUCGGAUAGGCUAUGAAUAAUUGCCGCAUCACCUCCUAGACCUAGAGGGAGCCAGACAACAAUGUUAAGGAUCAAGUGCAACAUUGUUACAACGGACCAAUAACAAGUGUAUCAUUGCGGUCCAAUAGCAUAACUAAUUGCAACAUUUUAACACGCCAGGCUUAGGCUACAUGGCAAUCUCGUGUGAAGUCAAAAGGCAAAACGUAAUACAAUUCACCCUGAAGUCUGCUCAAUAACAUCAUCAGUGGAAACUGUAGGUCAACAAGAGAGAAGAGAACUCAGGUUGCGCUGUUUCCUCUAUUCAUUAGUUGUGUAACUGGACCGUCGACAUGUAUAACCCUGCCAACGAUGCCGUGGCCGGGUACUCCAGCGGCACCAUAACAGAGAAAGACCCGAGCCAGGAGACGACCCUGGGAAGUGCCUACUCACCGGUGGACUACAUGAGCAUUACCAGCUUCCCCCGGUUACCCGAGGAUGAUGUAGUUUCCGGGGAAAACACUCUCAAAUCACGCAAAGAUGACGAUAACUUCCUUAGCGAGCAAGACACAGGUAAGACACUGGUGGAGAUAUAGCAGACAAUGAGGUGGUGACUGUAACCAAACCAUCAGUCAGAAGGUCUACAUAACACAGUCAUAGCAGUGACAUCUCCUUUACCUUCCAUGUCUGCCAGACAUGGUCAUGUAUGAUGUUCAAUAUGUUGUUAUACUCUGAGCCAUAUACAUUAUUUUGAUCUAAAUAUAUGGGUCUGGUUUGACUUAUUCUUGCAACUGCUGCCUGCCUAUUGCCCUUCAUGCACAGUAGACACUUCCUGAAUUGUAUUGACCUCUGACCUCUAUGUUCCAGACCCAGACCUGUUCCUGAAGUCAGCCCGUCUGCAGCGUCUCCCGUCCUCCGCCUCUGACCUGGCCAGCCAUGACAUCACACCCCUGCGGGAGACCACCAGAGACCCCUUAUCAGAGGGCUGUGCCUGCCAGAGAGAUGGCCUCACUGUCAUCAUCACAGCCUGCCUCACCUUUGCCACAGGAGUCACUAUUGCUCUCAUCAUGCAGAUCUACUUCGGAGACCCACAGGUGUGUGUGUGUGUGUGUGUCUGCCUUCUGCCCCUCUUCCUCCCUUUUACCCUCCACCCAUCUCUCUUUCUCUCCAUCAUCUCCCUUCCUCUCUCCACCCUCAUUCCCUCCCCCAAUCUAAGUCAAUUUCCUCUCCUCUUCCCUGUGUGUCAGAUCUUUAACCAGGGGGCGGUGGUGACUGACGUGGCCCAGUGUACAUCUCUGGGCUUCGAGGCCCUGGGAAAACAGGGCUCCAGUGUGGAUGCUGCCAUCGCUGCUGCCCUCUGUCUGGGCAUCAUACACCCACACACCUCCGGCAUCGGCGGGUGAGUCUUUACACAUCACACCAGCAGAUAAUCAACAACAAUAGAUAGUCAAUAGGAUUAGGUGUUUCCUAAUCAAUGUGUGAGUUAUGUCCACCUAGAUCUGCAAGAAGAGGAUGCACUUAUUGCUGUUGAACAACACUGGUCUCUGUCUUUGUUAUUUGCAGUGGAGGCGUGAUGCUGGUGCAUGACAUCCGUAGGAACGAGAGCAGGGUCAUAGACUUCAGUGAAACAGCGCCCUCUGCCAUCCUGGAGGACAUGUUACAGACCAACCUGGAGCUCAAGGUAAGAGCCUCAUCUCAACCUCAGUGUGAUAGGAGUCAGACGCAGGAGGGUAAAUCACUGAAUAGAGUUUAUUCCUUCGUACACAAUUGCGCUAGAUAGUGACACACGAAAACAGGCACAGGGGAAACUAUCUACCCUGGCAAUACACGGUACGGGAUACUCCAACAAUAUACAGGCACAGGGGAAAUAUCUACCCUGGCAGUACAACGUGCGAGUAGCUCCACCGAGCUCCACUACUCUCACAAUAAACAAUCACCCACAAGGACAAGGGGGGCAGAGGGAACACUUAUACACAGACUAAUGAGGGGAUAAGAACCAGGUGUGUGUAAUUGUUACGUUCUCCCGUCGGGUGUAGUUCGUCUGAGGAGGAGACAUAAAUGCCCGUGCCUGCGCACACAAAGUAAACUAGAUGGAUGGGGAAGAAAUGUGGGGUGUAACUAACUAAAAUAACCAGACACAACAACCAAAACUCAGUGUUAGCCCUCUGGGGACGUUUAGUAAGGUACUGAACAAAAUAUACAACACCCAUAAAGAAACAGUAGUAAAACAAAGACCAAUCAAAUAAACCAGGGAAGGUAAGAGAAGGGAAUAUUUGGGAACGGGGUCCAAGUAAUGAAAAUAAACAAAAGGUCUCUUCUCUUCUACACACCUAAUCCUUCCUAUCACACUCUAAACCCUAACCCACUUUCCUACCUGUUUACCAAAACAAUACAGGGGUGACACCCGCCCGGCUAACCUAGUGUGUAAAACAAUGGGUUAUCUACGUGUGAAUGUACACCCAUGGGCAGAUCUACCUCUCCCUUCUCCAGGACCUAGGUAGGGUGGAGUACAUCAGGAGGACAGACUGGAACAAAGAUAAAUUAACACAACCAAUACCCAAACAACUGUCCUCUACCCCCCCUCUUCGAGCUCAGCACACCUGUAAUGCCCAGAACACACAAACACACUACAAAGGGAAAUGGGGAGAAAGAAAAACACGUCACACGUAACACGCCCCCCCCCCCAAAAAAAAGAGUAAACCCCUGGGUUUAUGAUAAGAACCUUACACAUACAUAUAUAUUUAUUUUUUAUAAUACCAAAUACUUACAACACAUCCCCCCUAGUUGUCAAUGCCUCGUUUUAUUAUUUUCUGAACUGAGAAAAUAAUAGACAGAGCAUCCGCAACCACGUUUUCUGCACCCUUUAUAUGCUGAAUUUCUAAGUUAUAACCCUGUAUAACCAACGCCCAACGCAUAAGACGUUGGUUGUGGUUAUACAUGCGGCUCAAAAAAGUUAAAGGGUUGUGGUCUGUGUAUUUCAGGCUCCCGAGUGGCGCAGUGGUCUAAGGCACUGCAUUGCAGUGCUAGCUGUGCCACUAGAGAUCCUGGUUCGAAUCCAGGCUCUGUCGUAGCCGGCCGCGACCAGGAGACCCAUGGGGGGGGGGGCGCACAAUUGGCCCAGCGUCGUCCAGGGUAGGGGAGGGAAUGGCCGGCAGGGAUGUAGCUCAGUUGAUAGAGCAUGGUGUUUGCAACGCCAGGGUUGUGGGUUCGUUUCCCAUGGGGGGGCCAGUAUGAAAAAUAAAAUCAAAAAAUUUAAAUAAUGUAUGCACUCUGGAUAAGAGCGUCUGCUAAAUGACGUAAAUGUAUACCACAACAGGCAACACACUGGAGCCAACAUAAACCUCAAAACAUUGUAGGGCAAACGUGACUGACAGCUGGGUUAUCUACGUGUGAAUGUACACCCAUGGGCAGAUCUACCUUUCCCUUCUCCAGGACCUAGGUAGGGUGGAGUACAUCAGGAGGACAGGCUGGAACACAAACAAAGAUAAAUUAACACAACCAAUACCCAAACAACUGUCCUCUACCCCCCCUCUUCGAGCUCAGCACACCUGUAAUGCCCAGAACACACAAACACACUACAAAGGGAAAUGGGGAGAAAGAAAAACACGUCACACGUAACACGCCCCCCCCCCAAAAAAAAGAGUAAACCCCUGGGUUUAUGAUAAGAACCUUACACAUACAUAUAUAUUUAUUUUUUAUAAUACCAAAUACUUACAACACAUCCCCCCUAGUUGUCAAUGCCUCGUUUUAUUAUUUUCUGAACUGAGAAAAUAAUAGACAGAGCAUCCUGCCCAAACAAGCCUGCCCAAACAAGGAGGGGAGGCAGCCUUGGCGGAAGUCGUGACACUCAGGCCGUGUUUGAGAGCAUCAAAACUGUAAUGUAUCAUGGGUCAAUUGUGACUGACAUGUCUGAUCUACAAAUAAUAUUGAGUAGUUACUUAUGAUGCAAUGUGAUUUGUAGAUUUGUAGUCAGUCGGCAGUCAUUUUGAUGCUCUCCAGUCUACAAGUAAAGGACAGGUGUUGUGUCGGCCUGGGGUUCUGGUAUUUGUAGUCACAGGAAAUGUUGACCAUCUCUGUUCUAGCCUGGCCUGAUGGUGGGAGUUCCGGGCAUGCUCAGUGGGAUGCACCAGGCCCACCAGCUCUACGGAAAGUGAAGUCUCUUUCUCGCUUUUUAUCAUUGAUUCAGUCACUUUGUCUUAGAGCAUUGAAGCUCAUUAGCCCCAGUUAAAUUACACAAGGUUUAAUAGGCUCUGGAUGUCUGCUUGCUCCAGUUUAGCGCACACAGACAGUCCCAAGCCAUUGAUUGAGUGUUAUUAUCUGUAUCAGCGUUGUACAAGGGGACCAUUAGUCCAUCUCCUGUACAGUGGAGCUAUAAUUACUCCAGUGAUACAUGGUCAUUAUCGUGCCUCAGUUGGAGGAGCGGGGUGCAACUUGGAACAAAGCUGUGGAUUUGAUUACAAUGUUGUCUACAUACACUAAAUAUAGCUAUGUACAAUUGUAGGAUCUUAAUUUGAUCACUCUUUUUUUGCUGAGAAAUGUUCUGCACAGCAGGAAAUGCAAACUUGUAGUGUAUUUGAGUCUUAAACGUGCUUCUAAAGUUUGUAAUUUCCACUUUGAAAUUUCAGAGUUGAUUUGCCCUAGCAAAAAAUUAAACCCCUACAAAAAUGUCCAUUAAUAAUAAUUCACAUAAUAAUUCACAUUUCCUGUUGCUGCAGAAUUAUUUUUCUGCUGUAGCAAAAUGGCUCAAAUUAAGAUCCUACCUCUGGAAGUGGCUUUGGAUACAAAUGUCUGUUAAACCAUAUUUGAUUACAGAUUUAGGAGAUAAAAUGUAAUGAUAACACAAUCCAAACGGAUAUCUUUGAAUUUUUCCCUAGAAUGCCUUGGAAGGAUGUAGUUACCAUGGCAGCAGAUAUGGCCAGAAAUGGUUUCAAUGUUACACAUGACCUGGGUAAGCAUGAGGAAUUGAAAUUAUGCUAAACAUAUAAUGCAUUGGUGCUCAUUCAAGUCUAAUCCUGAACCAUUCAGAGGGAAAUACACACAUGACCUUAGAUCAGUGUCUAGGGGCAACUUCAUCCUACUCUGUAUCCCCCCCCCACCCACCCCCACUCUCUCUAGCUGAGGCCCUGGCCAAGGUCAAGGACAAGAAUGUGUCGGAGGCUUUCCGUGCCCUGUUUCUCCCCAACGGUCAGCCUCCCCUCUCCGGCCUGUUCUCCCAACGACUCGACCUGGCUGCCAUCUUGGAUGCUGUGGCAGCCAAUGGGAUCGCAGAGUUCUACAGUGGAAACCUGACCCAGGAAAUGGCAGCCGCAGUAAGCAGCUCAUCUGUCUCCCGGACGCCAGCCUCUGGCAUUAUAUAAGCACUCAUAAAUACUGUAUUGGCUCCACUCUAAAAGAUAUGCUCUGGGUAGACGUAGCACUUAGGGACAUAUCUAGGAUCAGCUUACCCUCUCUAAAUCCAAACCUUAACCAUUAGGAGGGGAAAGCGUAACACUGUCCUUGGAUCAGUGUAUAGGGGUAACUUCAUCCUGCUCCAAAAGAUACUGCUUCUCGUGACAUCACUUGAUUAUUCCUUAUUCAUAGGGAUCUAGUCAGCUUUAUUCCAUCAGCACAACUCUUGCCAGAAUGGAAAGGUAUUAUCAUGUGUUAUCAUGUAUUUAAGCAAUAAGGCCCGGGGGGGUGUGGUACAGUGGGGAAAAAAAGUAUUUAGUCAGCCACCAAUUGUGCAAGUUCUCCCACUUAAAAAGAUGAGAGAGGCCUGUAAUUUUCAUCAUAGGUACACGUCAACUAUGACAGACAAAAUGAGGGAAAAAAAUCCAGAAAAACACAUUGUAGGAUUUUUAAUGAAUUUAUUUGCAAAUUAUGGUGGAAAAUAAGUAUUUGGUCAAUAACAAAAGUUUCUCAAUACUUUGUUAUAUACCCUUUGUUGGCAAUGACACAGGUCAAACGUUUUCUUUAAGUCUUCACAAGGUUUUCACACACUGUUGCUGGUAUUUUGGCCCAUUCCUCCAUGCAGAUCUCAUCUAGAGCAGUGAUGUUUUGGAGCUGUCGCUGGGCAACACAGACUUUCAACUCCCUCCAAAGAUUUUCUAUGGGGUUGAGAUCUGGAGACUGGCUAGGCCACUCCAGGACCUUGAAAUGCUUCUUACGAAGCCACUCCUUCGUUGCCCGGGUGGUGUGUUUGGGAUCAUUGUCAUGCUGAAAGACCCAGCCACGUUUCAUCUUCAAUGCCCUUGCUGAUGGAAGGAGGUUUUCACUCAAAAUCUCAUGAUACAUGGCCCCAUUCAUUCUUUCCUUUACACGGAUCAGUCGUCCUGGUCCCUUUGCAGAAAAACAGCCCCAAAGCAUGAUGUUUCCACCCCCAUGCUUCACAGUAGGCAUGGUGUUCUUUGGAUGCAACUCAGCAUUCUUUGUCCUCCAAACACGACGAGUUGAGUUUUUACCAAAAAGUUAUAUUUUGGUUUCAUCUGACCAUGACAUUCUCCCAAUCCUCGUCUGGAUCAUCCAAAUGCACUCUAGCAAACUUCAGACGGGCCUGGACAUGUACUGGCUUAAGCAGGGGGACACAUAUUGCACUGCAGGAUUUGAGUCCCUGGCGGCGUAGUGUGUUACUGAUGGUAGGCUUUGUUACUUUGGUCCCAGCUCUCUGCAGGUCAUUCACUAGGUCCCCCUGUGUGGUUCUGGGAUUUUUGCUCACCGUUCUUGUGAUCAUUUUGACCCCACGGGGUGAGAUCUUGCGUGGAGCCCCAGAUCGAGGGAGAUUAUCAGUGGUCUUGUAUGUCUUCCAUUUCCUAAUAAUUGCUCCCACAGUUGAUUUAUUCAAACCAAGCUGCUUCCCUAUUGCAGAUUCAGUCUUCCCAGCCUGGUGCAGGUCUACAAUUUUGUUUCUGGUGUCCUUUGACAGCUCUUUGGUCUUGGCCAUAGUGGAGUUUGGAGUGUGACUGUUUGAGGUUGUGGACAGGUGUCUUUUAUACUGAAAACAAGUUCAAACAGGUGCCAUUAAUACAGGUAAUGAGUGGAGGACAGAGGAGCCUCUUAAAGAAGAAGUUACAGGUCUGUGAGAGCCAGAAAUCUUGCUUGUUUGUAGGUGACCAAAUACUUAUUUUCCACCAUAAUUUGCAAAUAAAUUCAUUAAAAAUCCUACAAUGUGUUUUUCUGGAUUUUUUUCCCUCAUUUUGUCUGUCAUAGUUGACGUGUACCUAUGAUGAAAAUUACAGGCCUCUCUCAUCUUUUUAAGUGGGAGAACUUGCAUAAUUGGUGGCUGACUAAAUACUUUUUUUCCCCACUGUAUAUGGCCAAUAUACCAUGUCUAAAGGCUGUUCUUAAGCACGACACAACGUGAAGUACCUGAAAACAGCCCUUAGCUGUGGUAUAUUGGCCAUAUACCACAAACCCCCGAGGUGCCUUAUUGCUAUUAUAAGCUGAUUACCAACGUAUUUAGAGCAGUAAAAAAAAUGUUUUGUCAUACCUGUGGUAUAUGGUCUGAUAUACCACGGCUGUCAGACAAUCAGCAUUCAGGGCUCCAACUACCCAGUUUAUAAUGAGAUUUUUAAUAAUGUAUUUUCUAACAGGUGCAAGCCAGAGGAGGAGUUCUCUCUGAGGAGGACUUUGGGAACUACACCACCGUCCUACAGCAGCCGGCUGAGAGUUUCUAUCAGGGUAAAUAUAGGGUUCCCUUUGAACAAAUAUAUUUUCACGAUUAUAUUGUGAUUAUGCAUCCUCGCUCCCAAUUCUUGCCAGAUGUGAUAUUUGAACCUGCAACCUUGCGGCUAAAUGCAUCCAUUUCUCUGUUGUUGAUGUUGUUGUUGUGUAGGGCACCAUGUGAUGGCAGCCCCAGCCCCCAGUGCAGGAGCAGCUCUGAUCACAGCUCUGAACAUUCUGGAAGGCUACAACAUCACCAGCCAGGUGCCCCGCAACAGCACCUACCACUGGAUCGCUGAGGUACUACGCCCUAUUUCAUUUACAUAACUUAGGAAAAUACUUGGGUGUCAGCCUGAUCAUUUAGUUAAUCAGUAAUUGUUGUUGAUUACUACAUGUAUCCUAUAGUAAAUGUUAACCCUGUAUACUGUGGUGCCUACAGCAUGUAUUUGUAAAGCACUGCUACGUUUCUGUCAUUUUCACCUACUAAUGUCUCUGUCCAGUCUCUGAAGAUUGCUGUGGCCCUGGCCAGUGGGCUGGGAGACCCCAUGUAUGACACCUCCAUCUCAGACAUAGUCACACAGAUGCUCAGGUAGGUUCUACUUGUCCAACACAAUACAUCAUCAGACACUUUUAUCACAUAAAAAUAAGAAGAUGAUUGAGACACGAAUCACCAUGAAGCAUGACCAUCAGACCAAUAUGAUGUUUUGAACCGUCAUAAUGCUGGCUAACCUGUUGAUUCCUUGGCUCUCUCCCUGUCGUUUCACCUGUGGUCCCCCAGUAAGUCCCAGGCAGUGCUGCUCCGCCAGAUGAUCAAUGAUUCCCAGGCGUUCCCCCCGGGUCACUACACGCCCUUGUACGCCCUGGAGGAGGGCGCUGUGGCCAGCCAGGUCAUGGUUAUGGGGCCUGACGACUUCAUUGUCUCCGUCAUGAGGUUAGCAUUGGCUCUCGAAACUACCUCUAACUUCCUUCAUACUGCACACAGAGACAUAAAAAUGAUGUCCACGAGUUCAUCUGACUCUGGGGAAGUGGAUAAAGGGCCUCAUUGCCAUAAUCCUGAAGUAUCACUUUAACCUCAGAGACAUUAUUAAUCUCAAAUGUUAGUGCCAAUCUGCUAUUGAGUUAAUAAUCCUGGACUUUGAAGGUUUGAGUCAAGUUGCUUGCGUGUAACUAAGGUUAGGAUUUGGUCCAAUAUCGACCAAAUAGUCAUGAUUGUAUUCAGAUGCUGUGUGCUUUGUUCAGAAAAGGAGGACCAUAUGUUUGAUAUAUUACUGUAAAUGUUAUUGCAGUUGCUGUUUAUGAUUGUAAAAUGGUUGGUGUUAUCUCUGUAAUCUCCCUUUAGCUCCCUGAACCGUCCGUUUGGCAGUAGGAUAGUGACACCAUCUGGGAUCCUGUUGAACAGCCAGAUCCUGGACUUCUCAUGGUCCAACAAGACCCAGACCUCUCAGCCUCCGAACCCGGUACUACUGCCUGUCAUAUAAUGGAGUGGUUUUAUCUUUGACUUGGAUUUAAUCAAGUUGGUUAUUUGAAUCAGCUGUGUAGUGCUAGGGCAAAAACCAAAACAUGCACCCAGGGGUGGGGGGCCCAGGACCAAGUUUGGGAAACCCUGAUCUAAACCACCAGUUGUUGGGUAUAUAAAUAACCCUCUCUCUGCUGUGUCUGUCUGCAGCAUAAUGUCAUCCAGCCUGGAAAGAGGCCCCUGUCCUUCCUGGUGCCCACGGCAGUGAGGCCUCGCCUGGGUUUGUGUGGCACCUACGUGGCCCUAGGAUCCUCCAACGGGGACCGGGCCCUCAGUGGCAUCACCCAGGUGUUGAUGAACGUCCUGUCCUCUCGUAAAAAUCUGAGUGACAGUUUGGCAUAUGGUAGACUCCACCCACAGCUGCAACCCGACACUCUCCUGGUGGACUGUGAGUAUGGCCUUCAGAGCUAGCUAAUGCUUAGUUUCUAGCUUUGUCUCUGUUUCAUCCACAAAUAAUCACAUAUCCAUUCAUAUACUGUAUGUCUAAACACUAAACUUGUAUCGUGCUUGUUUUUCAUCUUUAUUCCUUCCCUCUCUUCUUUCCCUCUUUCAGCUGAGUUCCUGGAGGAGGAUGUGGAGGUGCUGCAGUUCAAAGGUCACCAGGUGCAGAGGGUAGAUGUCCUCUCAUUGGUGGAGGGCACCAGGAGGACCAAUGACCUCAUCAUCGGGGUGAAGGACCCGCGUAGUGCGGACGCCUCAGCCCUCACCAUGUCCAUGAACAUGCCCUAGCCUCCUCACGCCAGGGUUGGGUGAGUGACAGGAGGGGGUGGAAGGUGAGGGAUGCAAAAGGGAAACAGAGGGUUAUGAAGAGUAUGGAGUGGUAUGAAGGAGAAACGUCAAUAUAUGAGGCCAGUAUUUUGGAGGAAAAUGAUGCUCGAAAGGGCUGAUAUUCCACCAAAGGGCUGAUAUUCCCAAAGGGACUGAUAUAAAAAUAAAAAAAAGAUUUAUUAUAGACGGGUAUGAAGGAGAGAUAAAAAGGGAUAUUAAGAAGAGGAGGAUGGGUGCAGGAAAUGGAGGGGCGUGGAGCAGUCUUUGGGUGUGUAAUAAGCGAGUAAUAAAUGAGUCUCUGAAACGGGUUAUACCCUCCUCUACUCACACAGGGUGUAGCAUGCUGUGUGUUUUCGGUUGUCUUUAGCCAGGCACAUUUCACUGUAAAUACACUCGGAUAUGGCUAUGCUCACUGAAACGGCUCCUUCCACCACACGCACGCACGCACGCACAAUCCUACGUACGCACACAUUCAUUCCUUUGCACAAACAACACACACAGAUGGCAUGCUUAAGUCUAGAUUCUCGUCAGUGGCCCAUUUAACUUGGCUGAGCAUCCCCUCCCCUGCCUGUUGUUAUACUUCCACUCAUUCAAAAUGGCGGCGAAUGCCAGUAUAUAUAAAAGCAUAUGGGUUUGAUCUGCUCAGUUCCAUUAUCUUCCCUUGUGAACACUCAGGAGUUGGCUAGUCACAUAUUGACACACCUUGAUUUAUGCUUAGACCACCCGUUUACUGUGUGUGCAUUUGUACAGGCAGUGAGUCAGUGACUGAGUCAGUGACUGUCCUUAAUCUGAUUCUUGUGGCUUGAGUCUAAAGGUGUUGUAGCUUGUAGAUAUCUAACCUGUUACGAACAAUCACUAGGCUACUAGAGGCCAUUUUGUAAAGAAUAGAGAUGAUAUUCUUAUCUGAAAAAGAGAGUGGACACCGCACACUACUCUUCACGUGAAUGUCGUCUGUCCUCACUUCAAUAUUGAAUGUUAUUUAUUGCUAGUACUACUGGGUUUAAAUAAUGUUGUAUUAUUAUUUAAGGUGAUCUGGGGUAAUGACUGGAAAAGGAGUAGUUUGAAAGCUUGUUGCAAGCAUUUUUUAGAAAGGAUAUUUUUAGAAUGAAUGGUCAGAAUGACCAGGUUAUCAACAACUGCUCCUACAAUGAUUUUCUCUAUUUAUAUUAGCAUAUUUUGCUUAUACUUUGUCAUUUGCACAAAUGUUUUAGCUUGAGACAACACUUUACUUUUUAAUAUAUUGAAUGAUUAUUGUAUUUUAGUGAAACAGUAGAUGUUAGUCUGUGUGCCCAUAUUGCUGUCAAUGGGCUAUUUAUUAUAGCACGUAUGAAAAGACUCUCCCUUUGUGUUCCAAAAUGCUACCAUAGGCCAAUUCUUCUCCAUAGCCUCAGUUGAUUAACUGACCAUUGUGCUAAUACCUCAGAUGUGGCUGUUUUCAAUCUAAUUUCAAAAUGCCAAGAACCAUGAUAAAACACUGAUUGGUUACAUAAAUAGUCAUUAAUGCCAUUAUGAGGCAUUAAAUAAAAUGCAUAUUUUAUUUUCUCAUUUGUUGAGCAAUGACUGGCCUAUACAUGGGCUCUGUUUUCAGUGAUGCUAGAUGCCUUUCCUUCUCCUUUGUCUUAAAUUUAACGUCCACUUGUUUGCAAUGUAACAAGGUUGUUUGUAUACGCUACGCAUUAUGUACUUUGUAUUGAAAAGUAUGAAUUCAGACGGGAAGAAACACUGUAUAGGAGGACCCAGUUAUGGAAUAAAUAUGUUUACACAGAAAUGUGUAUAUAAGAAUGAAGUUACUGUUACUAUGUUUUUGAAACGAAUUAUAUUUUUAGACAGAUAAUGAACUGUCAUUAAAUGUAUUAUCAAAAUAUAAACUAUAAAGGUAAUCAAAUGGGUGUGUCAAUAUCACAUUUUAAACAUGUGAUGCAAAUUAUUUAAAACAUCUAACAAAUGUGAGAAGUCAUAAGCUAGGAACCCAGUGAAAGCUUUUAAGUUCAGUUUUUUUUUAGUCACAUGCACAUGUACAGUGAAAUGCUUAACUUGCAAGCCCUACACAACAGUGUA